UCUGUGACCUACACAUCAGUGCUAAACACCAGCAGAGAAUCCUAUUUUGUUCAUCCUGUGUAGAUGGAACAGGCAUCGGUCUUGAGAGUCCAUCCUGAUGUAAAGCUGCUUACUUGGUUUUCUGGGAUUAAAGGUGCUCAAUGAAUCGGGGCCCCCCAAAUGAGUCAAACAGCCAAUUCUUGCCAACAGUUGGUUGAAAACUGUGCCGCGCAUGUAGCAGGGAUGGCGCAAGAGGACAGUCACCGUGGUCAAGUGCCACCCACGUUUUAUCAUGGUGCCAGCCAGGAACUUGAUCUGUCCACCAAAGUGUACAAGAGAGAGUCAGGAAGUCCUUACUCUGUGCUGGUGGACAGCAAAAUGAGUAAACCACAUCUCCAUGAAAGAGAGGAGCAGCCAUAUUUCAGGGAGAACAGAUCGGUAGGAGAGGUCCGGGCUGUGAAAGAAGACAGAGAAAACUCUGACGACUCUGAGGAGGAAGAAGAGGAGGAAGAUGAAGUGACUUACAAAAGGGAGCAGAUUAUAGUAGAGGUAAACCUUAACAACCAAACAUUAAAUGUAUCAAAAGGGGAGAAGGGUGUCCCCUCCCAGUCCAAAGAGACUGCUGUUCUUAAGACCAGCAGUGAGGAAGAGGAGGGUGACAGUGGGGAAGAGGCCACUGAAGACAGUAAUGAUGAUGAGGAAAAUGAGAGGCAGAAGAAAAAAGAGAAAAGAGUGGAAAAAGUUAGUGUUGCACAAAGGAGAACAAGGAGAGCUGCAUCUGCUGCAGCAGCCACAACUUCCCCGAGUGUGGAGCCCCCCAAGCGUAAGAAGAAAGCUGCAAAGGAGCCCAAGGCACCUGUGCAGAAAUCAAAGUGUGAAGAGAAGGAGACUUUAACCUGUGAGAAGUGCCCCAGGGUGUUUAACACACGCUGGUACCUGGAGAAGCACAUGAACGUCACUCACAGGCGCAUGCAGAUCUGCGACAAAUGUGGGAAGAAAUUUGUUCUAGAAAGUGAGCUGUCCCUUCACCAGCAAACAGACUGUGAAAAAAAUAUCCAGUGCGUUUCCUGUAAUAAAUCAUUCAAGAAGCUCUGGUCCCUCCAUGAACAUAUCAAGAUUGUCCACGGAUACGCAGAAAAGAAAUUCUCUUGUGAGAUUUGCGAAAAAAAGUUCUACACCAUGGCCCACGUGCGGAAACAUAUGGUUGCACACACAAAGGACAUGCCUUUUACAUGUGAAACCUGUGGAAAAUCAUUCAAACGCAGUAUGUCUCUCAAAGUCCAUUCCCUACAGCAUUCUGGAGAGAAACCUUUCAGAUGUGAGAACUGUGAUGAGAGGUUUCAGUACAAGUACCAGCUGCGUUCCCACAUGAGCAUCCACAUUGGGCACAAACAGUUCAUGUGCCAGUGGUGUGGCAAAGACUUCAACAUGAAACAGUACUUUGAUGAGCACAUGAAAACACACACUGGAGAGAAGCCCUUUAUCUGUGAAAUCUGUGGGAAGAGCUUCACCAGCCGCCCAAACAUGAAGAGACAUCGCAGAACUCACACAGGGGAGAAGCCCUACCCAUGUGAUGUGUGUGGCCAGCGAUUUCGCUUCUCCAACAUGCUCAAGGCACACAAGGAGAAGUGCUUCCGUGUUACCAGCCCCGUCAAUGUGUCAACUGCUGUCCAGAUCCCACUGUCCACGACUUCUGCCACCACAGUCCCUGCUGUAGUGAACGCACCCACCACCCCAACUCCACCUAUCAACCUGAACCCAGUGAGCACACUUCCUCCACGCCCUAUUCCCCACCCGUAUUCACACCUUCACCUACAUGCUCAUCCUCACCAUCCACAUCACCUCCCGGUCCCCCCGGUUCCUCAUUUACCCCCUCCUCCAGCUCUUUUUAAGAGUGAGCCUUUAAAUCACAGAGGCCAGAGUGAGGACAACUUUCUGCGACACCUGGCAGAAAAAAACAGUUCAGCACAGCACCACUAACAUCUUUGCUUCCUGCCAGCUAUUUUCCCAUUUUAUGCACAUGGAAACAUGCCCUCCUGGAAGUACAGAGGGUUAGUUGGCGAGGAUCUGUGUCUUUCUCUUAGCCCCAGCAGAUGGUCCUAAUUUUUCCUUUGAAUCAGUUAACAAACAAGGAAAUCCUCUUUUGGAUCAGCAGUGCUCAUUUGAACCUGGGAACCAACAGGACUUGAACCCAAUUUGCUUGCGUUUUACUGGUGACUUUUCUAAAUUUCAGAUACUGAGACUUGUGGAAUUUUAUAAUUUCAUAUCAGCUGAUGAGGUAUGCUUGCUUUUAUAUCCUGGACUUCUCCUCAAAGAGGAGAUAGGCCUGGUUUUCUUUGUACUAAUCGGAAAGGCUGUGAGAUUAAUACAGAGCAUUAAUUGUAUCACUGUGUAUCGUAAUGGAUUCUUUUCAGCUUUUGGUGCCGGCUAUGGAGUGAGCCAGCCACGUAUCACAGUAUAUUUGAGCAUUAUAAAGAAAGACAAAAAAAUUUCUUGUUUGUGUAGCUCUCCUAACACACUCUUUAUUUUACUACAGAAAUUAUUUUAGAGUUUUUUGUAUAGACCUAUUUAGUAGUCUGUUUCUAAAAUGAAAUGUAUUUCAAUAAGCGGUGUAAUUUUUUCAGUGUAGCUGGACCUAUGUUGUAUAAUAGAUAAAUUUUUAUAAUCAUCAAAAUGUGAUUCUUAAAAGAUGCAUAUAGCUUCUAUAGUUAAAGUUAUUCUUACAACCAUACAACUUAAAAGGUGCUUCAGAGAAGAAAGGAACCCAAGAGGUCUCUGGAAAGGUUGCCUCAAAAGCGAUGUUGAUUUCAGAACUUUACGUAAUUUAUUUU